UGUGCCCAUCAGAUGACGCCUGCCCGCUCCCUUCUCCUGGGCCCCCACCGCUGUGUUCGGUCCCCGUGGACUGGCCCCAUUCCAACAUUUCAUAAAAUGGAAUUACACAGUAUGUGGGAUGUCUCUCUGCCACGCACGCCCCACUCACUGGGAUGUUCCCGAGGUUCCUCCUCACUCUGGCCUGCCAGUGCCCCAUGCCUUUCUGCAGCUGAGUUACAUUCCAUUGCGUGGACGGACCAUAUGGUGUUUAUCCAGCCGUGCCCUGAGGUCCGGGCUGCUUGCUGGGGACAGACUGCCAUGUUAGUGUCAUAUGUAGGGUGGGGUACACGGGACAGCAUGGCAUGGUGGGAAUGCUACAGGGUGAACCCCACGGAGAAGACUAUGGCAGGAUCGUGGACUCUUCCACUCUGACCCGCUCAUUCCACUACUGUGAACAUAGCCAAGGAAACCGAGGGGGUUCUUGGACAAAGACACUCAUUGCAACAUUAUCUGUAAUGCAAAAAACGCUGAUGCUUCUCUGUCUGGGUCCAGCAGCAGACAGCCAGCCAAGAAAGUUGCUGGGGCAGGGUGUGGUGGCUCAUACCUGUAAACCCAGCACUUUGGGAGGCCAAGGCAGGAGGAUCACUUGUGGUCAGGAGUUCAAGACCAGCCUGGGCAACAUGGUGAAACUCUGUCUCUACUAAAAAUACAAAAAUGAGCCAGGAGUGGUGGUGGGGGCCUAUAAUCCCAGCUACUCAGGAGGCUGAGGCAUGAGAAUCACUUGAACCUGAGAGGUGCAGGUUGCAGUGAGCUGAAAUCAUGCCACUGCACUCCAGUCUGGGUUGAGACUCCAUCUCAAAAAAAAAAAUGUUGCCUGAAUGUCGUCAGCUCCCAGGCACAACACGGAGCUGUCUUCCAUGGUAACUGCAGCGUUGUAGAGUCAUGUGAUAAAAUAUGACACCAAGAAAUCGGAUACCGAGGUCACAUCAGCUCCACGUAAGAACCAGAGGGGCAGAAACCAGCACGAAGAAAAGCCUGUGGUUUCAGGGUGGAGAAGAGGCAGCAUGAGACCUUCUCACUGUCGUUAUCGGGGUAUCAGAAAACAAAUGAACAGUGAAGCGUAUCCUUUCAGACCGGCCGUGGCUGGGGCAGGUCCUAAGUGACGUGUCCCUGUUCUGGUCUUACGCUGGUGACAGCCCUACUAGGGCCCUGCCCAGUGAGAGGUGCCCACAGAAGCCACCUGCCUCACAGAGAUGCCCUCUCCUUCCAGGGCCCUUAUUUUAGGGGCUUCAUGAGCAGGCCCUCGCAUGGCUCUCUGGCCCCUGUAGUGACCUGGGUACAGAUGGCUACCGAGGCCUGGCCAGUCACUGGAGGAAGCCAGGUUGUCCCGUGUCUUCUGCUGGUUUAUCAAACACCCUGGCCAGCCUCCCAGGACAUGCUAUUUUCACUAGUGAAUUCUACCAAACAUUUAAAGAACAAACACCAAUUCUUCUCAAGCCUUCCCAAACAAGUGAACUCAGCCACUCCUAACUCACUCUUGAGGCCAGCAUUACCCUGAUACCAAGCCAAAGAGAUUACAAGGAACGAAAAGUAUAAGCCAAUAUCCCUCAUGAGCACAGAUUUAAAAAUCCCCAACCAAAUGCAGGCAAGUUGAAUUCAGCAGCAUAUGGAAAGGUUUAUACACCAUAAUCAAGUGGGAUUUAUUUGUGGAAUGCAAGGAUGGGUUAACUAAAAAAUUCGAUCAGUGUGAUAUACUACAUUCACAGAAGGAAGAACAGAAAAUGUGAUCAACUCAACUGAGGUAGAAAAAGCAUUUGAUGGCUGGGCCCAGUGGCUCAUGUCUAUAAUCCCAGCACUUUGGGAGGCUGAGGCGGGCAGAUCACAAGGUCAGGAGAUCGACCUUCCUGGCCAUGGUGAAAUCCUGUCUCUACUAAAAUACAAAAAAUUAGCCAGGAGUGGUGAUGCACACCUGUAGUCCCAGCUACUUGGGAGGCUGAGGCACAGGAUCGCUUGAACCAGGGAGACAGAUGUUGCAGUGAGCUGAGAUUGCACCAUUGCACUCCAGCCUGGCGACAGAGCAAGACGCAGUCUCAAAUAAAAAAGAGAAAAGAAAAGAAAAAGCACUUGACAAAAUUCAAUGCCCUUUCAUGAAAUGCUCAACAAGCUAUGAAUAGAAGGAAACUACCUCAACAUGAUAAAAACCAUCCAUGAAAAGCACACAGCAAACGUCGUAUUCAGUGGUGAAAGACUGAAAACUUUUCCUCUGAGAUCAAGAACAAGAAAAUGUGUGAACUCUUGCCACUCCUGUUCAACACAGUUGGUACUGGAGGUUCCAGCCGGACCAGUUAAGCAAGAAAAAGAAAGGAAAGGCACUCACAACGGAAAAGAAAAAGUAAGGCUGGGCGCGGAGGCUCACGCCUGUAGUCCCAGCAUUUUGGGAGGCCAAGGCAGGUGGAUCGCCUGAGGUCAGGAGUUCAAGACGAGCCUGGCUACCAUGGUGAAACCCCAUCUCUACUGAAAAUACAAAACUCAGCCAGGUGUGGAGGCAAGAGCCUGCAGUCCCAGCUCCUGGGGAGGCUGAGACAGAAGAAUCUCUUGAACCUGGGAGGCUAAGGUUGCAGUGAGCCGAGAUUGCACCACUGCACUCCAGCCUGUGGGACGGAGAGCGACACCAUUGCUUUAAAAAAAAUUAAAAAAAAAGACUGUUUUCUUUUUUUUUUCCCUUUUUUGUUUUUGAGACUCUGGAACCUGGUUCAUUUCCUCAGCUCCUGGGGUCUCUUGAAGAAGGAGGAUGAUGGAGCCUCCCUUGGGGGGCUGCUAUGGCAGUUGUCUGAGACCCCUGGGGCCCAGCCGAUGGCAGAUGAUACUGUUAUUAUACUCAUUGUCACCUGUCAUGUAUCAUGUGACCGUCACCUUCAUUAGUGGGGACAACACCCUCACACCUCCAACAUGGGCAGGCUACCACAGCCUAUAUCAGGGGCCUGGAGGUCCCGUGGCCUCCAAUAGAAAGCCAGGGCCCCCACCCCGGCAGACAGCGCCAUCCCUGGCUUCCUCACAGGCCUGUCGUGCCCAGCAUGACCACCCCACAGGGAUGGGGCUUUCACCACCACCCUCCGUGGCAGAAAGUGACCGUGCCCUUGGUAUGCAGAGCCAGCCAGGGAUCACCCUGGCCCUCCCUGCUCACCACCGCAGAGGUGCCGUGGUUUGGGAGGCGGGUGUGUCAUGGAUAAGCUUUGUCAUAUAUGAACCUGGAGCCUCCCACCCCCACCGGCCUGCAGGCUGUGCUGUGUCCCUUCCACCAGGCCCAAGCCCCAAGGUCAGGCCAAAGCACCCACUUGGCUGCCCCUUCAAACCCCACCCAUGUGCCUGGCCCUGCAGCAGAGCUGGGAGGGCAGGGUCCCUAGCCUCAGUCUCCCUGCACCCUCCACUAGCCCACAGCCCCUCCCACUGCGCACGACCUGCUGCGCUGGAGGCCUGAGGCCUGGGUUCCAGCCCCAUGACCUCAGGCAGGCCCCUUGGCCUCUCUGACCUUGGGCUUCCAGCUGCCAUCUGCCCACCCGACCUUGCUCGCCCUCCUACCCGUUCACUGGUGCCCUCUGCUCCUCCCUAACCCCACCCCAGGUUUGGGGAGGCCAGGAGCUGCAAAGGGUCAGUUUGCCCAGCCGGGUGUAGACUCACCAAGUGCCUGUGAGCCCCUGGGAGCUGCCCAUGCCAGGCUGGAGUGCCAGGGAGGCGCGGGGACAGCUGCAGACCCAAGAUGUAAACAGGCGUGCAGGUAUAAAAGCUGAAGCCCCUGGGCCUCUCUGAAGCCCAGUCUGACCCACCUUCCAGAGCUCCCUAAAGAAACCCGGCAGAGGGCCAGGAUGGAUGAGGACUUCUCCUCCCAGAUGAAGAAGAUGGCCUUGGCCAUGGGUACAUCUCUGUCAGACAAGGACAUUGAAAUGCUACCCACGGACAUGAGAUACCACGGGUCCUUCAACUACCUCAAGUUCUUCGAGCACAUGCGCAAGUUCCACGCCUUGGGCCAGCUGGACGAUGCCAUCCGCAAGGCCUUCCAGGUCCUGGACAAGGAUAAGAGCGGCUUCAUCGAGUGGAACGAGAUCAAGUACAUCCUGUCCAUCAUCCCCAGCAGCGGGCCCACAGCCCCGCUGACGGACGAGGAGGCUGAGGCCAUGAUCCAGGUGGCGGACACUGACGGGGACGGAAGGAUCGACUACAAAGAAUUUUCUGAAUUGAUAAAAAAGGAGAAAAUUCCUAAGAAGAAGUAGCACCAUGACCAGCCCUGGCCAACCGAGUGGCUCCUGUGGGGUAACUCGGGGUGACUACACGCCUGGGCAGAAGUCACUGGGGCCUGUAGGAGGAGCCAGCCGUGAGGGUGGACCCAGCUCUUGCCAGAAAAUGGAAGAAAAGCAGCAUGAAGUGAAUGAUGCAGCCUCGUGUGUCUGUUGGGGGUGCUGGUGUGAACUGUGGUGGGGGUAGUAGGAUCAGGGCCAUGGGUGACGACAGCUGGGGGGCAGGGCGGGCAGGUGAGGAUGGGGAGGAAGACGGCCUUCUCCUAUCCCUGAGCCCCACCUGGCUGUGGGCACGCCUGAGGGCGGCCUUGCUGGGAGGUUCCAUCCAGGUAGGACUCCCGGUCAGCAGGUACAUGGUGCUCUCUGGGCCCAGACCCCUGAAGGGCCCCUUCCCAAUCUGCAAUGGGCCUGGCCUGGGCCACUCGGGGCCACACACCCCCACUAUACACAGCAGCUGCCUGAAUGUGGUACGGGGACACCUGCAGCCCCCAGGUGCCCUCUAGUUCUUGGCAGAAUCACCCAAAGCACCCCAAGACCCUCCUCCACCCCUGUCUCCUGACUGCUCAGGCUCCUGGGCUGGCUUUUCUACCUCCAAGUGUCUCCCUCCAUGAUGCUCCUCUCCCCACUUAGUACUUCCAGUGUGACCCCAGCCCAGCUUUUGGGCCUCUGUCCCCCUGACACUCACUUGCCUAGAGCUCCCCUUCUAGUGGCCUAAGGCCCCCUGGCUCCCCAGGCCCUGUGUGGGAGGAGCAGCAGGGGCCUGGGCCCCGUGGUGCCAUUUGUGGAUGUGAGCAUCGGCCUCCAGCCGCUCACCGGCCACACAGGACUCCAGGCUCUCUGGGCUGGUGGGACUUAGGACACUGGGGACCUGAGUCCUGUCUCACCCCAGAAGGGAAGACACCUGCCCAUCAGGGGAGCCCUUGCGGGGCUUAGGGGAGCCAGAACGGUGCUGCUCCCGGAGCGAGCAAGGCAUUUGUUGGUGUCAGUUUGUCGCAGUGGCAAGAAUUAGGCUGAUUCACACCAUCCUCACGGCCCACCCGUAGGUAACUACUUGGGGAGCAGGACCUGGUCCAGGGCUGCAGCUGGUGCCCCUCAAACCCCCAGGCCGCCAAGGUUGCGCUGCAACCCUUGACCUAUGACUCCCCUAUCCAGAGAGCAGAGGUGCCUCUGGCCACUGCUCAGCCCCACUUGAGAACCGGGGCGUCCCCUCCCAGCUCCAUCUCAAAAUACACACAGAGCCCGAGCCCCUGCCCACACCACCCUGCCAUGGUCACUCUUGCCUGGGCAGCCACCACAGUCUCCCGGUUGGUCUCUCUGCCUCUACCCUCUGAAGGUUCAUUCUCAACUUGGCAGCUGGAGGCCUCCCUCUGGGAACCCUCCUAGGGCCCUCCUCUCACACAGGGUGAAGCCAGGCCCUAGAGGCCUCAGACUGUGGUUCCCACUUUCCCUCUGACCUGAGACCCCCCCACGCCCUGCCCCUCCCCAUGCAGCCACGGGGCCCCCCUGCUUCCUCAACCAGGCACCAAUCUGCUCCAGGGCCUUUGCAUGGUUGGCCCUCAGCCCAGCACGCUCUUCCCUAGACAUCCCGUUACCAGACUCCUUCGAUGUUUUCUGCAAACGUCAUAUCCCCACGAGGUCGUCUUCACCUGCCCUAUGUGGUAUUUCGCUCACCCUCAUUAGCAUCCUGCAUCCCUCUGGACCAGCUCUUUUCCCCAAAGCACUCCCCGUCCCCUAAUACACUAUGACAUUGGCAUACAUACUGCAUUAAUUAUGAGCAAAGCAUGGGUGCUGAGACCCAGAGUGAGUGCAGGUGGCACAGGCUGCCCCAUUGGGCAUCUGCCAGUCAAUAGCAGGGCGAGGGGCCGCUGGGUAGCCUCCUGCUGUCCAGAGCCUGUCCAGGAGGAGGGGCUCUGGCUGCAGAUGCUAUGGGCUACCCAGUGGGAGUACGAACAGCGGAGGACUGACCUCACCAACUGGAGGCUGCCCUCACAGUCAGUCCAGACCCCAGCGUCGGCCCCUGCCCCUCCCUCCCAGCCAGAGCCACAUUGAGCCUGAGGGACAGGGGGCUGGCAAAAGUCAGUCCCAGGGCCAGACCCAGCCCCACACUGGCCAAGCCUGGUUUUGGACUGUCUAGGACAGCUUUGUCUUCACUGUGCUUAAAGAGGCCGUAGAAAGUUUGAAAAUAAGAAGGGGCUGGGCACGGUGACUCACACCUGUAUCCCAGCACUGUGGGAGGCCAAGGCGGGUAGAUCACUUGAGGCCAGGAGUUCAAGACCAGUUUAGCCAACAUGGCGAAACCCCAUCUCUACUAAAAAUGCAAAAAUUAGCUGGGCAUGGUGGUGCUAGCCUGUAAUCCCAGGUACUCGGAAGGCUGAGGCAUGAGUGGAGGCUGCAACUCUGGAAGUGGAGGUUGCAGUGAGCCAAGAUCACACCACUGCACUCCAGUCUGGGUGACAGAGUAAGAUUCUGCCUCAAAAAAAAAAAAAACACCCCAAAACAAAACACAGAGACAGCAGGGUUUCACCACGUUGCCCAGGCUGGUCUCAAACUCCUGGGCUCAAGAGACCUGCCUAGGCUGGGCGCAGUGGCUCAUGCCUGUAAUCCUAGCACUUUGGGAGGCUGAGGUGGGCAGAUCACCCGAGGUUAGGAGUUCAAGACCAGCCUAGCCAACAUGGUGAAAGCCUGCCUCUGCAGAACACAUGUUAUUUUUAAAUAUGUAAAGCAUUUACCAAAAUUGUCCAAACACUGGGUCCUAAAGCAAGAUUCAAUCAAGAGGAAGAAUUGAAAUAAUAUGGCACAUUCUCUGACCACAGAGAAGCUAGAAGUUUAAAAAUAAAGGAAGCAAUGCAAUUCUAAACAGCUAUGGUCAAAGGGACCAGCCUGCAAAUUAGAAUCUGUUUCACACCUAAGAAUAAUGACAAUAAAACGUGCCAACUUGUGGUCGCAGCUCAAGUGGUGCCUUGAAGGAAAUUCAGGGACUUAGGUGCACAGACGGGAAAGGAAAAAGGGCUGGGAUCACUUCUCUAAGUGUCCUUCCCAAGAGAUUAGAAGGACAGAAAAGGAAAUGGGCAGGAGGGGACAGAGAGAAAGGGUGAACAUUCGGAAACGUUAAAGGUCUUGCUUUCUGUCAGUCUCCUCUGCUGGAACGUAAACCCCUCGAGGGCUGGGUGGUCUGGUCUGGUUGUGGCUGUACCCCAAAUUCUAGGCCUGGCAUGGACAGAGCAUGGAAACUGUCACAGAAGCAGGCUCUGCCAGGGAGAGAAUGGAGUAUGAGGGUGGUGAGCCAGAUGGGGUGGAAUGAACCCAGCCAGAGUCCAUUUGUGCUUCUAAGGUCUGGCUCCUGCCCCAAAGCCCUCCCCUUACCCCCAACAGCCCACCAACCUGGACAGGUAAGUGAUCCAGCUGAGGGAAGGGAGCCCGGCUUUCUCAAUGGUAGAGACUCAGGGUUCCCCCCACUGUGGCUCAGAGACCCCUACAUCCCCCUGGGGACCCCCACAGUGUCUUGCUGGGUGAAGCCCAGCUCUGGCUUACUGUCUGAUGGGCACUAGUACUACCCGGAGCAGAAGGAGCUGGAAGGCUCAGGCAAUAGGUUUAACCUGGGCCUUUCCCAGAAUGCUGGGACCUCAUAGCCGCCCCUGAAGCACAGAGCCACUCCCUGCCCACCCCACUCCCAGUUUCCCAAGCUCCACUCCCCAUAGGGAGGAGAAAUGGCAUCUCAUCCCCCUCUCUCGGGCACCCCGUCCAGGUGAAGCCGCCUGGCAGACAAGCCUUCCCUGUGCCUCAACCUCUCAGAGACACGCUUCUCAUCAGCAGGACACGUGAGGCCACAAGGCUGGAGGGCGGCACGGAGACAGAAAUGAUACACGACCCCAGUCCCUUAUGUCAAACGCAAAUUGUCUUUCUUGUAUGUGACAACUAACAUUUGAAUUAAAAACCAACA